AUGGUUCUCACUACUGUCUUCCGUUUGGUACCCCUCUUGAGUGCUAUCUUGGCUCCAGUGCUUGCUGCACCCUCUCCCAAUGCCGUGGCAGCAUGCGGUGUCAUCGAGAGGCAGUAUCCUGCCCAAUACGCAGACAAUGGUCUUAUCAAUAGCAACAUCAGCGUUGGUCUUGUCCACACACAGCAACGACAAGAGUACUGGUCACUGGCGAACGCAGACAACAAGCCAGCAUGCAUGUUCUUCCCGAAGAACGCCAAGGACAUCGCCUUCGCCGUGCAGGUCUUGAACAACUACACAACAGUCCCAUGGGCGGUAAAGGGAGGAGGUCACAAUCCCAACCGUGGAUACUCUAGUUCACAGGAUGGCGUCCGCAUUGCUUGUGAGCCCAAUAUGAAGAGUACGACACUGGACGCGAACAAUUUGGCACACGUCGGACCAGGCUCGAGAUGGACUGAUGUCGCAACUGCUUUGGACCCGUACAACCGUGCUGUGGUAUCUGGUCGUCUUGGACAUGUCGGUGUUGCCAGCUUGUCCUUGGGUGAUGGACUGAGCUUCCUAAGCACCGAGUAUGGCUUGACCGCUGAUACCAUCGCCGGCUACGUCGUGAUCACCGCAGACGGCGUGAUCCGCAACGCCAACAAGAACGAAAACUCCGACCUCUUCUACGCCCUCAAAGGCGGAGGCAACCAAUUCGCCAUCGUCUCCGAAUUCAUCCUCGAGACCUUCGCCAUCGGCCAAGUCUGGGGCGGCACCAAGAUCUUCGGCAAAGACCAAAAGGAUGCACUCCUGAAAGCAACCCACAACCUCGUCUCCGACUACUACGACCCAAAAGCCGCCGUCAUCGUAACCUUCAGCACAACCCUCGACACCCUCGUCGACAUCUUCGUCGUCUUCUUCUUCUACAACGGCCCCAGUCCAGGCAAGAUCCUCGACGAAUUGAACGCCAUCCCCGCCCUCAUCGACAGUACAAAGGGGCCGCGAUCAUACCGCGACUUGAUCAACGCCAACUCCGCCUUCUCCCUCAAUGGCAUGCGUUAUCUCAUCCGCACCGGCACCUUCCCCCGCCUCCCCGGUGCAGACGGUCUCGACAUCUACAACUACACAUUCGACAGCUGGUACGACGCCGCCAAGAAAUACCAACUCACCCAACUCGACAACCUCAUCUACAGUCUCGCCUUCCAACCCAUCCCGCACCAACUCGCCGCAGCUUCCAAAAACGCUCCUAAUGGUGUGAACCUUCUCGGCCUGGACCCAGCCUAUGGCGAUAAGUUCUUCAUGGAGUACGAUGUCUCCUGGUUGGUCGCGCCGACGGACAAGUACGCAGCGGAUAGUAUUACGCAAAUGACACAGCCGGCACAGGACUAUGCUCGGAGCAAAUAUGGCAACUCGCCGCCGACGAACUAUCAGAGCGGGGAUUUGUCUUUCACGAAUUUCAAUCCGAUGUUUAUGAAUGAUGCUAUGUAUAAUCAGCAGCCGUUGCAGAGUUAUGGACAGGGCACGUAUCAGAGGUUGAAGCAGAUACAGCAGCAGAGAGAUCCGAAGGGGCUGUUUUCGAGGACUGGGGGGUUUAAGUUUAUAUAG